AAAGGGGCGUUAUUGUUGUGUAAGAAUCGCAGAGCAACCUCAGAAGAAGACACGGUGUGUUUUUGUUCUGCAUUAUUGUCAAACAUGUCUUUUCUGCGGUUUUGUGUGUCAGCUAGCAGACGGGUCGUGUCUCGGACCGCAGCUGUGGACUCGGUGUUUCCAGGCUCUGCAAGGUCAGCCAGCGGAGCCCUCAAGGACCAGGAGCCGCCGAGGAGGGCCAAAACCCCGCAGGGCCGCUUCGAUGCUCCGGAGAAGAACACCGAUGUUCUAGAAAGUGAGAACGUCUUAUUACUGAAGUUUCCAGAUGACGUAAACCCUGAAACCAAAGAGAAAGGUGGUCCUCGGGGUCCAGAGCCCACCAGAUAUGGAGACUGGGAGAGGAAGGGCCGCUGCGUGGACUUCUAGUGAAGUCUCACCGUUUCCUGCCUGCAGUGUGAACACGUGCACUACUGUCAGAGGCAGCAAGAUGCUGCUAUGAGACUGAGACAAAGAGACCGUGUUUAGUUUUGUAAAUAUCUCCAGUCUGAACAAAAUGGUGUCCCACAUAGGAAACUAAAGGAUGUUUUUGUCUAAUUCCAACCUGCUACAAGUGUUUGUUCUGACUCUUUGGCUCAUGUUGUUUUGCAUUAACAGCGACGGUACACGGGAUAAACCCUGGUUAGAAGAAAGUAUUCACAAGUUUCCACAACGCAACAGUUCAGGGACAAUAUUCAGGUUCUGAGAACUGUCUUGGUCCCAAUGAAGAUUUGUAGCCUUUCAGUCGAGGAGGGCCAUCUUCCCCUAACUACAAUAUAGCUGCUAUUCUUAGAUGUUCUGCAGCUGUAAAACGUAAGGGGGACAGGACCCAAGCAGGAACUGGACAUGUGUUCAUUUACAUAAACCUAGACUGUGUGGAAAAGCACCAAUAAAAGCUGGUCUGGUGAUUUGAAAUGAGAUUAAAGACUAUUAAAAUGUGAGCCCUUGUUAAAACCAGAAAAUGAAAUCAUUGGCUGUUCUGACGUUGGUUUCUCCAUAUGCUGUACAGAUGAAGGUUUGGCUCUUACAACCCAUAGGUCCAGUUUACCCUCUAUACAGGUAACCACCAAGAACUUGUUCAGAAAUCUUUCCAAACCAGGUCUGGAAGUGCAACUGGUCUGAAAAUCCCUUAAUUCUGUGUUAAUCCCAUGUCACUAUGAUUUACUGAGACCAAGUUGAUGGAAAUGUUCAAAAUCUGAAGUGGCUGUGAUGGAUUUUUCUGUUCAUGCAAACAAUUUGCCACAUUUCAGGAGGAAAUUGGGGAGAAGUAUGGAGCCAUUUUGCUCCAGGGUUUUUUUCUUUUCUUGGGUGUGAUGCUAAAAAGCAGGCAUGACAAAGGACUACAAAAUAAAAUGGUGCAUGACAGCAGUAUUCAGGGUUAUUACACUGCGUUGGUCCGAUGUGGUCCAACUCAAAGAUGAAUUAACAUUAAUGGUGUUCUGAUCCAGGAGAGAGUGAGUCCUAAUGUUCAGUAACAUCACUCCGUCCUGUCAGCACUGUAAGGAUGUCCACAUGAAUAAAACUUAGGUUGGUAUCAGG